AUGGUUACUGUCUUCAAUGAUUUGCCUGAUCUAUCGUUGAUAGAAAUAUUUUCUUAUUUAUCUUGUGAAGAUGCUCUAUGGUGUUUCAAUAAUUUCAAUAUUCGCCUGACAAAGUUAUUAAUUGAAAGAGGUUUUUAUUGUCAUGUUAAUUUAUCAUCAACGCGAUAUCAUCGAUUCAAAACAUUUUUAUCUUUACUUCGAUUUAAUGAAAUUCAAUCACUUAUCAUUGAUUGCUAUUCAUCACCUCUUCAACUAAAAUGUUGGCCUUAUUUACCACAUUUAAGAAUAUUAAAAGUAAAGGGUGUACGAUAUUUUGUUGAUGUUUAUAAUUUCGUACGACAACAUGCCACUACAUUAAUUUAUUUGACAGUUGAAUCAAGUCAAUAUUUUGAAACAUGUGGUAUAGGUAAAAAAUUGUGUUAUCCAUCAUGGAAUUUAUGUGAAUUCAUCAAUAAAAUUCUGAAUCAUCCGUGUGCUCUUCGUUCACUUGAUUUAGGAAUGGAAUCUUCUUUUUUCUUACAUCAUUGGCCUUUUAAAACAAUACAAAUACCUUUACUUUAUUUGGCUAUUACAUUAGAUACAGCAGAUAUUUUAUUAAAUAUCAUGUCGACUGAACCCUUACAACAUACAUUAGAACAAUUACACAUAAAAUUAGCUGAUAACUCUUGUCUUCAAGACAAUCUGGGUGCUAUACAUCGUUUGCCUGAAAUGAAAGCUUUACAUACACUUAGUUUUGUUAAACCAUUCAAUUGGCAUUCCAUUGGAGAAUGGACAUUUAUCAAUUUACUGACUUCUUCCAAUAUAAUGCCUGUUUUACGACGAGUGAAUUUUUCUCUUGUUAUUGAUGUUAAUGAUCUUAUUCAAAUGCGUAAUUCAGCACUUUUUACAGACUCUCGUCAUAUUGAUGUUCAUUAUGCUUUUAUUGUUAUUGAUGAUCGUCCACAUGAAGAACUUGUUAAUUAUGUACCAUGCAGUGGUCAAUCAUAUUCUCGUCAAAUAGCUAGUGCAACAUUUAUUUCUGAUUGUUGGCCUGAUAAUCAACCAUUUACAACUCCGAGCCUAAAUUAUUCGAGAAAACCUAAAACUCGACAACAUCUAUUUUACAGUUUACCAUGGAUAUUUAAUGAAUUUUUCCAAUUAUCUGUUCCAGAUAGAUGCAUUAGUGAAUUAACAGUAUUUGCAUCAUCUUGCCCAGUUAUGAAAUUUAAUUCUUCUCGUUUGAUUAAAUUGAAUAUGUCGGAUAAUCUUCCAUCAUGUACUACGUUCCUUUCACAAAUAGUAUCUUCAAAUAAAAUACGUGAACUUCAUUUAUAUCGAUGUAAUAGACAAAUUUCGAUGAAUUUGCCGAAUGUUUCUCAUCUUAUUCUUGUCGAUAGUUUGGAUUCAUUGAAUAGUAAAUCAUUGCCAUUAAAUAUUCGAUCUAUUCAAAUCAUUGUUCACUAUGAAUGUCUUCAUUUCGCAACUGCUGAUUGGACUGCCUUACGUAUACUGUCAAGUUUACCAUUGUUGAAGUCAUUACGUAUACUUUUAUAUGAUAUACAUAAUUCUCCAGAUGAUGCAAGUUGUCAAAUUAUUGCAGGGAUAGCAUCAACCUUAUCUGAUUUUUCUUUUUGUUUUCGGUGUCUUUAUCGACAAGGUCCGUAUGAUAUUGAUUUAGCAUCGAAAAAACAUUGUUUAUUCGUUGAACAAUUACGAAAACGUAUUCUUCUUUUAUCAUUAAAUAAACGACCGUAUAUCUUUGUCGAAAAAGAGGCUUCUGGACUUAUCAUAUGGCUUUGA